AUGCAUAUUCCUUUCUACUUCGCCCGGGAUAACACCGAGUGUCCGUCGGGCACCCAGUAUUAUACCUGUGCCAAGAGCAACUACAAAGGGUGCUGUACGGUGGACGCCUGUGACUUCGACAAUGGCUGCCCGGACAACUCAUCGCCGGACGAAGCCGGCUACAACUGCAACGCCGACGAAAUCCUCAAGCUCUUCAGUCUCCUCAACGCCUACACCAUCUGCCACCCCCUCCUCCUCCUCUUCCUCCUCGCAUUCGUCCUCGUCAUCUACACGCCCCCCUUCUUCUUCUUUGCUCACACCAUCCUCAACUGCGACCAAUCAUCCUCGCAUCAUCUUUCUGGUGGAGCGAUUGGAGGCAUCGUGACCGCUGGUGUGAUUGCCUUUAUAGUGCUCUUCUGCCUCGUUCUCUGGCGGAUGCGCCGCCGCAACCAGCAACUAAAGGAGAUGGCAGAAGCCGCACAAGCCGCCGCCGCCGGCCAGCAACACCCACCGACGAACGGCUCUGUGUUCCCCCAGCUAACCCCAUCACCGGCCAAUCCGCUAGGCACACCGGGCAUAGACGAAAAGUUUUCCAGUGCCAAUGUGUCCCAGAGAGAGAUCCUAAUGAUCAACGAUGCAAAUGGUGUCGUGAAUGCCAAGGUUGCCGAGUUGCAAGGCAAUUCGCCGGCCAGCACAACCAUACCGCUCUUUGGCGAAGCAACAACCGGCAGCCAAGAAGAAGCCAUUGCCCGGUGGGGUUUGCACGGCGCCCGCAUGAUGGCUCUGCACAAUGCGGGACUACGUCGUGCCGCAGGUGCCGAAGGAGUAGAACCAGUCGUUGACUAUGGAGGAAACUACCAGGUCCCUGUUUCAGAGUUGGAACCUGGUAUUGCACCGGCGCCGCUCCACGUAGGCCCGAACGUGCACGUUGCUGAGCUCGACGGCCAACGGCCGGCCGUCGUCUCUGAGCUGGAGACGCCCCAGCCCACGCCCAUGUCCACACCGGGCAUUGGCUCGUACUCGCCGUCGCUGUCCGUCGACAGCAGCCAUGUCGGAGGGCGGUCGACCAUGGUCUCGCCCUGGCGCAACUCCAGUCGCACGUUGAAUAGCGAGGUCAACACCAUCACUGAGGAAGGCGGCAGCGAAAGCGGCGCGGCAGCGGGCGGUGCAGCCUAUUUGCAGCCAAGCCCGAUUCCGUCACCGUCUCUGCAGCCGCCGCACUCGCCUUCGCGCAGCGUGUCAACCACCGAACCGCCACGGGCCACGCUCGAUCUGUCGCAGACGGAGAGAAGUCGGGGUGUGAACGUGACGAGCUGGGGUUCGUAUAAACCAUGA